UCAGCCAUGUUUAUUCUCACAAUAACACAGUAAUGAUUCACACGAGUAAAUUUGAGAUCUUCUUAAAAGCUAUGGAAAAGAAAUAGGGAGUGUGUUACCCUUCGAAAUUCGCUUUCAAGGUAUUGUGGAAAAUGUUCUCGUCCGUGGAUCAACAAUUUGAAGAAACAUCGUGCUUCAAAACUUGUGGAAAAACGCAACAUCUGGACUCAAGGCUAGCGUUGGUCAGAAAAUUAGAUAUUGUUUUUUGUACGGGAAGAGGCACGUUCCAGUAUUUUCAUCGUCCGCUGGUUUCACCCCUCGAUAGAAUUUUGUGUUGCUGAAGUUCUACCUCGCAAAUGAAGAUCACAGACUCUGUAGCGUCUCGCAACGAAAUGGCACCUAAGGAAUUCAAUCCAGACACCAUUAGUCUUCCGAAAAUUGGAUUCCCAAUGACCAUUGUGAACUCGAGUUUCGCCUGCCCUCCUGAACUAACGUAUGCAGAGGUCGUCAAGCUCAUACCCAGAUAUCAACUUGAGUGCCCCUUCUCACACCCAGCUUUAGUUGCUUCAUGGCUCGUACGCUAUGCUUUGUUUGCCGCUGAUUGUGGGUGGAUGAUUUAUUCAGGACUAAUAAAACCAGCCUAUGUUGGAAUUCCUCAUCUGUCCAGUGCAAAUUCCAAAGCAACAUUCUUCGCACCUGCGGAAAAGAAACCUCCAGCCUUGUAUUUUGAGUACAAAUUACCAUCACCAAUUAUUGAUCAGUGUCUCCUGGUCCCGUAUAAUCGCUCUCAACCGAGAUACUUUACACCGUGGCGAUUCAGUCGUCAAAUACAGCAAAAUAAUCAGCUCUCCAGGAAAAACAAUCGCUCGGUCUUUGUUGAGUAUAACUGGCGAAAUCCCUCCGCCGCUUCAAACCAAGAGCAGAAGAUGAAAGAAAAGAAUGAGCCAAAUUCUCAAGAAAAGGAAGAAAAUCAUCUGAAUGAAAAGUUACUGGACACUGAACAGCCCAAAAUGGAUACAUCACCUGCUGAUAAGACUGAAUCACUCGCUCUCUGUGAGAGCAGCCCGCCCUCAAUGCUAAGAUGCCUAUCUGUAUCCUCAAUGACCAGUGAAGAUAGUGCGGUUACAUUUGACAGAUCCUGCAGUCCACCAAAAUUGGAAAUAUCUUCUGAUGAGUAUGAAGAGAGUGAAGAUGACGAAAGCAACACUGACAUUGAACAGCUAGUGGACAGUUCAAGCGCAUAUGAAUCUGGAGUGGAGAUUGAGAAGGCAAUAAAUGAUGGGGAAAAUUUACAGGCUGAAGAGUGCAGUCAAACAAAAUUGCCCAUCAAAUCAAAUGUUCCUUUAACUUCAAGACUGCGCACACACUCUAGUUCGUCUGAUUCAUCCGAGACUGAAGAAGAAGAAGAAGAAGAAGAAAGUGAGGAUGAUGAAGAUGAUGACGAAGAAGACGAUUGCGAUGAAUCUGAAGUCAGUGAAGAUGACGGUAUUGUAUUUGCAGAUGAAGAAAAUGAAUGCGUCGUAAAUGGUCAUCUGGAUGAUAGCGAAGAUGAGGAUGAUUUCAUUGUCUUUGGAGAGGGCUCCGGUGACGAGGAGGAAGAGGAAAAAGACGAGAAACGGGAGGAAGAAAUCCAACGAGAGGAGGAAGAAAGUGAAGACGAGACCGAUCGCGUGCGAGUAGAAUCUGCAGUUCGUCGGAAAAGAUAUCCUGAUAAAAUCAAACCUGCUAAAUCAAAUCUGAAGGUUCGUUUCGCAGAAGUUGAUGAUAUCUGCAUCCUCUACGACGACGAAGAUUACCAAAUGGCCAGGGUCAGCGAGUGGGAGAAAAGGGCUACUGACAGCAUCCGCUUUAGAGAGAGGAUAGCUAACACUGCUUUAGUGCUUAACCCAGUGCUGGCUCCAGAGCACCGACUGAAAAUUCAGGAACAACUGAAGAUCGUUACGGAAGGGAAUCCUCAGAAACACACAUGUUGUGUUGUCAAUGGGAGACACUGAUUUGUCGUAAUAAACAUGGUGGGGGCCCUGGUGAAUGGACGCUCUCUAUAAUAAGCAGCAAUUUCAACUACAAAAUUAAGGUUUCUUUCUUCAAUUAUAUUUUAAUGCACCUUUUGACCGGAUGGCACCUCAGCUCACAGCUGGGAUGGUUUGAUUGACUGAUUACUCUCAAGUUUAGGGUACGUUUGCAUGUCUAGCAGUCAAACUUCUUCAGUAAUUUCAAUCUUAAAAAGGUGCCGCCACCAUAUCAAACUUAACUCGAGAUGAGUUAUCACUUAAAAACACAACGCUUGCUUGGACUGGCUGUAUUUUAUAUUUUUGUUCCACGUACCUUACAACUUAUGCAUUAGUUGCAACAUGCUGGCUUUGUUUGCGAUUGUUUUCAAGCAUUGUCUUGCAGACUAUGUUUGAUUGUUAAUUGUAAAAAUAGCCAUUGAUUAUUUGAAUCAGCCCCUUUGACUCAAGCGUUCUCAAUAUUGUUAACAAUAAUUGAAUUGUAUGGUGUACCAUUUAUAAGAAAUAGCUACCAAUAAAAUGUAUUUUGAUAAGUAAAUAA